AUGGUGAGAGCGUUUGCCUUCUGCUGGCGUAACGUGCUGGGCCGGGGGUCUGGGAUGGGCUGGGACGGGAAAGGCAUGGCUGGAGACGGGGUUGGGAUGGCCUGUUGUAUUUAUCUUUCUGAAGAGAGUCUGGUGUCUGUUAUCUUAGGGCAGCUGAGUGACCAGGAGGAAAACAUGGCAGUACGUAAUAGUGUGGCAGCCGCUCCUGCUUCUCACUACAGCCACCAGAGGGAAACAGAGGGCUUGGAGAGGCUGCGUGGGGUAGCCAAGUGGAGUGUGUUCUUCUUCCUACUCAACACCACGUAUGGCUCCCUGCUCGUGUCCCGCCACCUGCCUCCAGAUCCCCGUCAGAAGUCGUGGUUCCUCAUGCGUUCCCCUCUUCCCACUGUGCUCCUCACCCUCUUGUACAUCACCGCCGUUACCUCUCUAGGACCCCGAUAUAUGCAGGGCAGACAACCUCCCUCACACCUCAGGGCCGUCAUGGUACUUUAUAACGCCUGCCAGGUGCUCGUCUCCUUCUAUCUGAUGUACGAGAUAGGUGCGUCAGGGUGGUUCUGGAGGCACAAUUACCGCUGCCAGACGUGUGAUUUCUCGACCCAGCCUUAUGCAGUCAAGAUGAUGCACGUCUCCUUCUGGUACUACAUCUCCAAGCUCGUAGACUUCAUGGACACCGUGUUCUUUGUGCUCAACAAGAAGUAUAAACACAUCUCAGUUCUUCACGUCGUCCACCACUCUGUAAUGUCCAUCUGUAUGUGGUACAACACUCUCUACCAACCAGGUGGCCAGACUACCUUCAUGGCCUUCGCUAACGCCACUGUACACGCCUUGAUGUACACGUAUUACCUCCUGGCGGCUAUGGGUCCCCGCCUCCGCCCCUCCGUCAGUUGGAAGAUGUGCCUCACCUGUGUCCAAAUUGUCCAGUUCGUCAUAGUAUUACUUCACUCUAUUCAGGUAUUGUUCAUUGACUGUGAGGUGCCGGCGCUGGUGACGUGUUGGCUCCUUCACAACUCCCUCAUGUUCCUGGUGCUCUUCGUCAACUUCUACCGGCAGGCCUACACCGUCCGCUCCUCCUCCGUCACUGACACAGCUCGUCAGGAGAGUGGGAAGUCGAACAGCACCACCUGGAGUAAUGUAAGCAGUAGUGCCAACGGUGUGUCCAGAAGACCAGUGUUACUAACUGAGCACAAUGAAUAG